AUGAAUCGAUUUUUGGUCCUAACAUUUGCUUUUAUAUAUUACUUAAUAUGGUUAGUGUUACCAAUAUUUGAAUUGGAUAGAAAAUUAUAUCUGUUCCCGUUACCUAGCGUAUAUGCGGUAUAUUUGCCAAUUUUAUUAUUAUUAUUAGGUGUUAUAUUAGUUGGAUCAUACAUGGGAUAUCUGUUGCUCAUCAAUUGA